ACCAUUUUGUAGAGAAUUAAAUUCUCUAUUUAAUAGUAUAUUCAUUCGCUCCCGGCAAUGGAAAUUGAAUCCACAAGGAGGGGCCUUAAUAUCCGAUAUUAUCAUAUCCGAUGUGCUAAUCGGAUCUUUUUUUCCCGUGCAGAGCCUCGAUGAAAAUCGAUUCUCUGUAUAGGAAAUACACCAUUUUGUAGAGAAUUAAAUUCUCUAUUUAAUGGUAUAUUCAUUCUCUCCCAGAAAUGGAAAUUGAGUCCAGAAGAAUGGGGCCUUAAUAUCUGAUAUCACCAUAUGAGAUAUGCUAAUCGGAUUUUUUUGUUCCCGUUAAGAGCCUCGAUGAAAAUCGAUUCUCUCUAUAGAAAAUACACCAUCGUAUGGAGAAGGAAAUUCUCUCUCGUGUGGUAUAUUCAUUAUGUCGUUUUAUAGAAGUUGAGUGUACUGGAGUCGAUCUGAAUAUGGAAAUGGAUCGUAUGAUGUGCGUGAGUGUGUGUCUUGUCGGUCGAGGAGUUUUUUGUAGGUUUUCCCUGGUUAAUUGGUAUGGAAUGAAUAGUUUUAGGAUGUGGUGGAAUUUUGGGUAUGGUUGCUAAGGAAAGUAUGUUGGUAUAGUAUGGAAUCAUUGUGGUAAACUAUGGAUGAAUGGUGAUUGGUUGAAGGAGAGAUCAAGUGUGAUUGGUGCUCGUGCUAGCUUCACAUGGAUAUGGUUUUCAUCGUUUUUUCUAUCCGGUUGCUAAGGAAAGUUGUGUUGGUAUAUCAUGAAUUGUAAGUGGGAAAAUAUGUGCGGAUAUUGAUUUGUCGGUGGGACAUUGAUUUUGAUUGGUGUUCGUGCUAGCUUCACAUCGAUUCAUUUUCUCAUAUUAAGAAUUUGGUUAUUAUUUUCGAUAGUAUUUUCAUAUAAUUAAUUAUUUUACAAUAGAAUUUUUUUCUUAAAAUAAAUUUGUUUUAUCAUUUAAAAUCUUACUGUUUAAGGUAAAUCAAUUGAAACAGUAAAUAAUUCUUCAUUAUUAAGUUCAACAUCUCAAAAACUUAAUUCGAAUCAUCAUCGUUCAAAUACAAUUCCUCGACAUAAUCGAAAAAAAUUCGUCAUAAAGAAAAAAAUUUAUUAUCAACAAUAUUUAAUAAGAAUGAUAAUAAAAAAAGAAUCAUUUUCAACAUCAUCAUUACAAAUUGUUACUUAUCAUUGUGUCUUUAUUGCAUAUCAAUCUUAUUUCAAUUUUUUUCUUCUUUUGUUUUAA